AUGAAAGAUGCAUUUUCAUUACCUUGUAUUGAUGAAAUUUUUGAUCAAUUAUCUGACGCCAUGUAUUAUACAAAAUUCGACUUUAAAUCUGGUUAUUUCCAGGUACCUCUAUCUAAAGAGAACCGUCUUAAAACGGCCUUUUCAACCCGUGUCAAUCAUUAUCAAUUUACUGUUCUUCCACAAGGAAUAACCAACGGACCCGCAACAUUCCAACGUGUAAUUAAUCACAUAUUAGUACCAGCACGAUGGAAAUAUGCAUUAGCUUAUAUUGAUGAUGUAAUUAUCUAUUCCAAAACAUUUGAAGAACAUUUAUCACAUCUUAAUGAAAUAUGCACAAUAUUAAAAAAUGCAC